AUGAAACCGCUUGCUAACGUUCUCAUAGUCUGCGGUUCUAUUGCCGCAACAGUGUUUGUUGUGUGCUGUAUCUUUCAUAAUGGCAGGAAAAACAAAACCAAAGUUCCACCACUCCGAACCAAUCCGGACCUUGAACUAGGUAAAAGCACCAUAACCACAAGAAAAGAUGGAGGAAUGGUUAUCCUAACAGGAGCUGCAGCGUCUGCAGCUACAGCGGCUGUGAUCAUUAGUGGCAGUGGUGGAUGUGGAGGUGGUGGUGGUGGAUGUGGAGGUGGUGUUGAUAGUGGAGGUGAUGGUGGCGGAUGCGGUGGUGAUGGUGGGGGGUGUGGCGGCGGGGGCUGUGGUGGUGGCUGUGGAGAUUGA